AUGAAGAGAUUCGAUUUGUUUUAUGAAUUUACUAAUCAAUAAUUAGGAUAAGGAGUCUUUGGUUAAGUUUAUUUGGCCAAAAAGAAAACCACACAAGAAUAAGUGGCAGUCAAAGUAACAAAUUAAAUUAUUUUAGAUUUUACCAAAAAACAAUUAAUUGACAAUUAGUGAAAUUGAAAUCCUUAAUGAAUUAGUCAAACAUUCACAUCCUUCUAUUGUGAGAAUAAUUGAUGUUUAUGAUUAGGGAGCUUAAGUAUAUGUCGUCCAAGAAUUUUGUAAUAGCGGCACUUUAUUUGAUUUUAUGAAAAAGAAACCAUAAUAUAUGGGAGAAGAACAUUGCAUUGAAAUAUUAGAAUAAGUUGCUUAAGGCUUAGAUUACUUACAUAAAAUAAACAUUGUUCAUAGAGAUAUUAAACCAGAAAAUAUUUUACGUACCACUUAUAAUGGAUAGAUCUAUUAUAAAAUCUCAGAUUUUGGAUUAAGUAGUAUAGGAGAUGUAAAACUUACAUCUAAAUUUGGAACUGCUUAUUAUGUUGCUCCUGAAAUUAUUGAUGGACGUGCAGAAUUAUAUGGAUAUGAUAAAUCAGUUGAUAUUUGGGCUUUGGGUUUAAUGUUUGAUGAAUUGUUACAUGGUACACCAUUUUUUGAUGGACAUACAGAAGAAGAAGUCUUUAUUAAAAUCAGAAAUGAACCAUAUUAUCCAAGAAAACAUGAAUAUUCAGGUAAUCGUUUAUAACCAAGAAAAUAAAUUAUUGUUAAUAUUCUUAUGGGAAUGAUAAACAAAGAACCUAAUCAGAGAAAAUCAUUACCUUAAACACUUGAUUUAAUUAGAUAAUACAAAUAAAAUAUUACUGCUAAUUCCAUCUCCAUUCUAAAUUAACCAACUUUCUCUUAACCUAUUUCAUCACUUUUAAUUAAUGAUCUAGAUGUUAUAUAAGAUAGAAAAUCCAUUUAUCAACCUAAAUGUCCUUAACAUAAUUAACCUGCUAUUUAUAGAAUGCCUAUUAAAGAUUUGGAUAAUGAUGUUUCCAAAAUUGUUUCAGCUUGUUCCAAAUGUCUAAGAAGUAUUGGUGUUUAUGAAUUAGAUACCUUAUAAAAAAAAGUUGAUGAAGCUUUAAAAAUUCUUACUAUGGAGAAUUUUGAUCAAUUCUUUACUUAAAGUUAUAUCAAAUAAGAAUUAAAAGAUAUGAGAACUGAAUAUUUCCUAAAUUAUUCCUAUUUCUCUAUUAGAGAUGAUUAAUUAUAACCCAAAUUUGAUCUCAUUCUUAUGGAUCAAUAAAAAAAGGCUAAAAUUGAAUAUACUACCAAAAUUAAAUAAUUAGUCAAUUUUAGAGAUAAAAAUUAUACUUCUGAUGAAUAAUGGCUUAUCUAUGUUGCAGAAAAACUAACAGAUUCAACUGAAAAUGAAUUCGUUCUUUAUAUUAAAGAAGAUUUAGCUUAAUUUAGUGAACAUGGAGUUGAAGAUUGUAGAUAAUUGAUUUUUAAUCAUUUAAAAGAGGCCUCAGAUUAAUUAAGUUCUUUGAAUUGAGAUAGUUAAAAAUAA